UGAGAGUGGGCGGGACGUGGCGCCCCCAGCAUCUUUGUGUGGCGGCUCUGUGGUUAGCAUUAGCAUGAGCUAUGCUGCGGACAGCGAUGACAUGCUGGGACGGCCACGCUAGUUUCGCUCCCUCGACGACGUGGAACAUUUAAACGCGGACCCUCGGCGACGUCGCCCCGCGCUGUUGCCGCGCACACCGUUGCUCACAGACGCGGCGAGGAAGAGGCGGCCACCUCCCGGCGGACAAGAAGUUCCCCUUGUGCAAGAUGACGGAAGAAGUGAUUGUCAUCGCCAAGUUCGACUACAUGGCGCAGCAGGACCAGGAGCUGGACAUCAAGAAGAACGAGCGCCUCUGGCUCCUCGACGACUCCAAGUCCUGGUGGAGGGUUCGGAACGCCACCAACAAGACCGGCUUUGUGCCGUCCAACUACGUGGAGAGGAAGAACAGCGCGAGGAAAGCCUCCAUUGUCAAGAACCUCAAAGACACGCUAGGAAUCGGGAAGGUGAAGAGCAGGAAGGGAGGAAUGAGGGACACGGCCUCCAACGCCGACGCCGACAUGUACGCCGACAACGGCGAGCGCCUCUACGACCUCAACCUGCCCGCCCUGGUCAAGUUCAGCUACACGGCGGAGCGCGAAGACGAGCUGUCGCUGGUGAAGGGCACGCGGGUGGUGGUGAUGGAGAAGUGCAGCGACGGCUGGUGGCGCGGCAGCUACAACGGACGCUCCGGCUGGUUCCCCUCCAACUACGUGACGGAGGACAUGGACGGGACGGCGGGGGGCGGCGGCCCGUGCGACCCGUCCGGCUCGCUCACGGAGAAGCUGGCGGCCGUGGUCAACAGCACGGCCAACGGCAACCGCGUGCUGCACACGGUGCAGGCGCUCUACCCCUUCAGCUCGGACAACGACGAGGAGCUGAACUUCGAGAAGGGCGAGGUGAUGGAGGUGGUGGAGAAGCCCGAGAACGACCCCGAGUGGUGGAAGUGCCGCAAAGCGGACGGCCAGCUGGGCCUGGUUCCCAAGAACUACGUGACGGUGCUGGACAAGAGCACGGCGGGGCCGCCCACGCCCGACUGCGACUACAUCUCGCCGUCGGGAAGCGGCCGCUUCGCAGGGAAGGAGUGGUACUACGGCAAGGUGACGCGCCACCAGGCCGAGGUGGCGCUCAACCAGCGCGGCGUGGAGGGAGACUUCCUCAUUCGGGACAGCGAGUCGUCGCCCAACGACUUCUCCAUCUCGCUGAAGGCGCAGAGCAAGAACAAGCACUUCAAGGUGCAGCUGAAGGAGAACCUCUACUGCAUCGGCCAGCGCAAGUUCAACUCCAUGGAGGAGCUGGUGGAACACUACAAGAAGGCGCCCAUCUUCACCAGCGAGCAGGGCGACAAACUCUACCUGAUCAAGGCCCUCGCCGCCUCCUGAUCACUAAGAGGGCGGAGCCUGAAGACUUUACACCAGGACUUCCUUCUGUCAGACGAACAUUCCAAGAAGUCCUGGGAGUGGACUAUGGACCUGUUGGCCAUUUAUUUAUGAUGUGAUCCAGAUGUUCUUCAUCUAGUCCCACCUCCGUAGCUCCUUACAAGUCCACAAAUAUAUAAUCUUUUUUUUUUUUUUUUUAAAUGUGACUUUUUUUUUUUCCCAACAGUAUCUGAGAUGGAGACCCUCUUUUUUGUCUUCUUCAGCUUUUUCCCCUGCGUGUGUGAUCUGUGGACCAGCGACUUGGCCACAUCUGCGACCAAAACAUAUUUAUUGAUUGUGGACCUGGACCGUCACCAUCCCACCCCGCUUGUCUUCUCAACGCGUCAAAGUGGCCACGAGAAUGUUACAAAGACCAGGCCGUAGACCAGACUCACUCUGGAGGUCACGUGAAGAAGAAAACCUGCUUUCUCCGGAGCAGUGGUGGUUAGCAUGAGUGAGGAAAGUAGCCUCAUUGCGUCGUAUGAAUAUAAGUUGUGUGCCUCACUUCGUUAGCAUCUUUUAUGGCCAUUUUCAGCCUUAAAACAUUCAAGAAGGUCUGCACCAUUUUAUAAGCCGCAGCGUUCAAAGUGUAGGAAAGAAGUAGGCGCUUAUAGUCCGAAAUGGACGCUAAUUACGGGAUUUUUGCCUUUUCCGGGUGUUGUGCAAGCAGCUCGCCUUCCAACUUGACUCACACAGAUUAGACGUAUGGAGGGCGCCACUUUUUGUGUCGGUUUUCAUGACAGGAUGUGGGCGGAGCUUGGCGACCGAGAUUUUGUUCUCAAUGGAGUGCCAAAAAGUCACAACUUCACCGCAGAUAAGGUCAAGAAUAUGAGAGGAAAGGUCAUAAUUAUAAGAGAAAAAGUCACAAUUAUGAGAGAAGAAGUCAUCAUUCUGAGGUAAAAAGUCCAAUUGAGGGAUACAACGUCAAAGUAAUGGCGCAAAAGUCGAAAUUGUGAGAUAAAGUCAAAAAUAUGAGAGAAAAAGUCACAAUAAGGAGAGAAAAAAGUCAUAAUAAUGAGCGUAACAGUCAUCAUUCUGAGGUAAAAAGUCCAAUUGAGAGAUAAAACGUCAAAAUAAUGACACAAAAGUCGAAAUUGUGAGAUAAAGUCAAAAAUACGAGAGAAAAAGUCACAAUAAUGAGAGAGAAAAAUCACAGUUAUGAGAGAAAAAGUCAUAAUAAUGAGAGUAAAAGUCAUCAUUCUGAGGUAAAAAGUCCAAUUGAGAGAAAACGUCAAAGGACACAAAAGUCGAAAUUGUGAGAUAAAGUCAAAAAUAUGAGAGGAAAAAGUCACAAUUAUGAGAGAAAAAGUCACAAUUAUGAGAGAAAAAGUCAUAAUGAGAGUAAAAGUCAUCAUUCUGAGGUAAAACGUCCAAUUAAGAGGUAAAACGCCAAAGUAAUGACACAAAAGUCGAAAUUGUGAGACAAAGUAAAAAAUAUGAGAUUAUUCAUAAUGAAAUAAACAGUCAUAAUUACGAGAUAGAAAGUACAAGUGUUGAUAAUUGUCAAGUGUUGAUAAUUGUUGAUAUAGAAAAUUAUAAAUUAAAGUCAUAAUUGAAAUUUUUCAUCUCAUAAUUACGACUAAUUUCGACUUUUAAAAUCUCAUUUCAACUUUCUUAACUUGUCAUUUUGACUAUCUCAUAAUUAUGUUUUUUUUUCCUCAUAAUUUUGAAUUUUAUCUCAUAAUUUUGACUUUGUAAUCUUAUAAUGUUGAUUUAUCUCAUGAUUUAGACUUUAUCUCAUAAUUUUGACUUUUUAUCUCAUAAUUUUGACUAUCUCAUAAUUUUGACUUUUUAUCUCAUAAUUUGACUAUCAUGAUUUUGACUUUUUAUCUCAUAAUUUUGACUAUUUAUCUCAUGAUUUUGACUUUUUAUCUCAUACUUUUGACUUUUUAAUCUUAUAAUGUUGACUUAUCUCAUGAUUUUGACUUUUUAUCUCAUGAUUUUGACUUUUUAUCUCAUAAUUUUGAUUUUUUAUCUCAUAAUUUUGACUUUUUAUCUCAUAAUUUUGACUUUAUCUCAUAAUUUCGGCUUUUUAUCUCAUGUUGACUUUAUCUCAUAAUUUGGACUUUUUAUCUCAUAAUGUUGACUUUAUCUCAUAAUUUUGGCUUUUUUCUGAUAAUGUUGACUUUGCAUCCCAUAACGAUGACUUGCCACUGGGACAUUGUAUUUUAGUGGUUAAAACCAGUCUUCCAAAGUCCCGUCAACCAAUUUUUAGUUUAAUUUCUUUCCCGGCCUCCCUUCUUGCCUGUCAUUUAUUGAACUCUUUGAGCGUUUCCUCCCUGCUGACUGAAUCUUGUCAUGUUUUUGUGCAUCACAUGGUGUGUAGUCUCAAGUGUCCUUACAUAGCCAACAGUUAUAAGUUCAGUUGUAAACAUGAUGUACGAGCAGGAGUGACGUCUGUUUUUCAUGACCUGUACAAAUGUCUUAUUCAAAUACAACAAGUGCAAACGUGUCCCUGCUUCACAUUUCAAAAUAAGAGCGCAUCUUUUGUGUCUGCACCAUGAGUAGCGAAAGACUUUGGACUAAUGAAUAUUCUCUUGCUCAUGUUCCACAUGAACUUUGGUGCUGCUUUCCAGUUCUUUAUCUCCCCCCGUGAAGAAAUCCUCUCCAUGCUGUGGAAAGACGAAAAGCUGUUUUUCAAGGCGGGGACGUCCUUGUCUAAUAUAGAAGAGUUUAUUAGUGUUUCCAAGACGUAAUAAACAACAUCAAACGGUGUCAAAUGUUUAUUGGCUUGAAAUUGGUAGAAAG